AUGUUAAGAGGAGGUGGGGCUUGUGCUUCUUAAAGUAAAUAACAAUCCCUCUCUAUUAACUCAUUAUAAAUUUCUAAUCAAUUUGAGAAUGUUCUCUCUAGUAAUGUCCUUUUGUUAUCAAAAAAAGCUGAGGAUUUUAACAAUAAUUAUUCAGAGAUUUACAAUAGUCUUUAAAUACUAUUAUCGCUGGAUUAAGAACUAAAUAAUCUCACCAAAUCAAGGAAUCAACUCAAUAAAUAAGUUGAAAAUUUAGAGAAAUGGCUUACAGACAUUCUUGAAUCAUGUUGGAAAUUAAAAAAUCCAUUACUACGAUAUUUAUCCAUAAAAUUUGCUCAUAAACUCUCAAGAAAUAUAUUUUGGCAUUAUUGUUAAGCAAAGUCAAUUAAGGAUAGAAUGCAGUAAUAAUAUAUUUCAACUUUAAAUAAAAUUGAGACUCAAAAUAAUUCUUUAGACAGUUUUUAUAAAUAUAUGAUUGACUAUGAAAUUAUGGUUUGUAAAAUGAUUUUUGUUAUCAUGCCUAAUGAUUCAUAAGAAGGUUUGGAAAUAAUGGCCUUAUUUACAAGUUAUAAUCAGAUUCUUAUGAAUACUCUUCCAAAACCAACUCAAGAUACUAUUAAAAGUGGUGUUAUCUAAUCAAUUCGAGAUGCUACCAAAGUAUAAUAUAGAAAAAUUUAUAAAUAAAUCUUUAAUAUUGAUACAAUCAAAUGGUGGACCAUUUAAGAACUACGAUAAAAUAAUUAAUCAGCAAAAAAAAUAAUUGUAGAAUUACAUAAUUUUCACAAAGAUCUAUCCAAAUCUGAUUAUUAUGUACACUAAGCCUGGAUUCAAGCUAUUAGUGAUAUUGUAUCUUAUUCACCAAUUAUUUCAGAUGAUUAAAUUCAAGUUAAUACAGAUCUUUAAGAUUUAAUUGAUAUGGGGUGCUUAUAAAAAAUUAAGAAUGAGUAUCGCAUUACACUUAAUUACCUUAAAAUAAAAAAUUAAUAUUGCCAAUAAAUUUAUGAAAGGAUAACUUCUUUCACUAUGCUUAAGUAAAUUUAAUCUUAAAUUAUUUCCUAAGAUAAGUUUUUCAAUUCACUUUAUUAGAAAAAAGAAGAGUAAAAGGAAUCAUUUUAAUAGGAAUAAGAAACAAAAAAUGUUUUUCAGUAUCUUUCUUAAUUAUUUGUUGAGAUAGAUAUAGAAACUAAUAUUGAUCUCAUUAAAAAAGUUAAUCAAAGCUAUACUGAACUUAAUGAAAAUUUAUCUUUAAUUAAAUAAUUAAGUUUAAAUAAAUGGAUUAGAAUGUUAGAAAAUAAAUCAUAUGAUGAUCCUGUUGUAUUUGGAGAGCUUGAAGAAAAAUAAAAGUAAAUCAAGCAUUUGAUAAACUAAGUAAAAGGAAUCUAAAAAUUCUUAAUUCGUUUUGAUUUUAUUCUUUUACAAUGGAAUAAUAUGGAGUAGAUAACUAAUUAAGAAGGAAAGGCUUCAUAAUUAAAAACAAUCUUUUAAGAAAAUUAAUAAAAUUACCUCGAUUGUCAUCUUAUAAGUAAAGCCAAUUUAGAUAAUUUAAAGGAUGUAUAAUUAUUAAGUAUUAAUUUUGAUGUUUAUUUCUCCAUUAUUUCUGAAUAUAUUGAGAGACAAUAUCAAACAGUAUUUAAGGUUGUACAAACUAUAAGCUCAAGUGAUCCGAUAAUUUAAUUAUAUAAAUAAAAUAAGGAAAUCAGUGAAAUUAUCUCAAGCAGCUUAAGAAAAGUUAAUGAUAAAAUAAUUUAAUUUAAAAAUGCUUUUAUGCGCUUUUCUUUUAAAUUAAAAUAGGUAGACUAUAAUUGUAUUUAAUAAUUUUAUCAUGUAUCUCUAAGAUUAUAGUAUUUAGAAUUUCCGAAUGAAUAAUUUGAAUUUAGAAACCAAGAUCAUUAAACUCUUUUUUAUAUAUAAGGAUACGAAAAACAAAUAGUUAAAAGUUAAUUAAUGGAAUUACACAAAGAGUUUCGGGAUUUAUUUACAAGUAGCUAGUUUCAAGACUAUGAAUAAGCAAAAGUUUAUAUAAGAUCAAUUUAAUUUAUAUGCAAAACCCUGGACAAUAUGCUUUAUCAAAACAAGAAGAUUAUCUAACAUAUAAAUAAUUAUAAAUUAUCUAUAUAAAUAAAUUAUGAAUUUGAUCAUUAUAACGAUUUAAUCAAUUAAUGGAAUUUAAUGUUUGAAUAGAUAGAAGAAUUAGAUUAUUAAAAAUAUGAUCAAUCUUUUAUAUAGAUUAAAUAUGAUUAAUUAAAUAAGACUUAUGAUUUAAUUUGUUAAAUAAACACAUCUAUAAGAUGGCCUCUUAACCCUUAAUUAGGAUCAUAUUUUAAGAUGUAAAAUCAGUUAGAAGCAUUAAAUCAAGAAUUAAAAGUAUACCAAAGUUACAAUCUUAAUUAAGAUUUAAGCUCUUAAAAUAGAUAUUAAAGUAUAAUGACUAAUUUAAAAUAAAUAUGCUUAAGUUAAGUACAAAAAAUAAAAUCGAUUCUUGAGUAGUAUACUUAAGGAGUUGAUUAAUUAUCAAAUCGUUUAGAAAAUUAAACUAAUUUUAACAUAGAAGAACUUCAAAAUCUAUUAAUAAGUGUUUAAGAAGGAUUAGGUGAUACUCUUAAUUUAGUUUAAUCUAGAAUAUAAUUAUAAAAUCAAAAUUCAACCAGUGGUUCCUUAAACAUUUUAUAAAAUAAUAAAAAAUAAGAUUUCGAAACAUUCUAUAAUUAUAAAUUUAAUACAGAUAUUAUUCUUGUUAUGUAAUUUAUUAAAUUUAACUUCAAUUUUAUUGACUAAAAUGCAAUUUUAGAAAUACUAAAGUCAGAUGAAAAGGAUAAAGAAAAUUUACAUAUUGUUUAAUCAGCUAUGGAAUCAUUUAUGAUAAGAUCAAUUAUGAUCGUAAAUUUGAUUAAUGUAUGGAAUUGUUGUUUAGUUGAAGAAGAUUUUUACACUAUUAGUAAAUUAAUUUUGCAAAUUCGACUAAAUGAAACAAAUACAUUAAUCAAAAGAGAAAUCAAAUCAACUUUCAAAAAAGAACUUAGUUAAAUUAUUUAGCAUUAACUCUAAAGUGAAUUAUCAUAUUUUGAAAAUGAUUUAAAAUAAAUGAUUUAAGAGCGAAAACAAUUGUAUUUUUAAAUUAAAUAUGAACCUACAUUUGAGCUUACUUAAAAAUUAGAUGAAAAAAUCAAAAAAUUAACUAACCUUAUAUAAACAAUGAUUAUAAACUUUAAGGAAAUAGAAUCAGAAUAUGAUAUAGAGAUACCAUUUUGCAAUUAAUUGUUGACAGAAUUUGAAAAAGGUGAUCAAAAUUCAUAAUCAUUAGAAAUUCAUGAAAUUAGCUUCUAUUAAGGCAAAUCAAUAACAGAAUUGUUUUUACUGAGAAUGGAAAAUAUUUCUAGGAAAAUAAAAAUUAAUUAAGUUAAAAAUACUUACAUUGAGUUUGAAUGUUAGAAUAAAAAUUAAAUGAGGACAUUAUUUUCUUAAAAAGAUAAAAAAAAUGGUACUAUAGAUAGAUUUUUAGAUGAUUAAUAGCAGGAUUAAUUAUUAUUAUUAUAAGGAGAUUCAGGAUCUGGGAAAAGUGUAGCAAUUAAAAAAAUUGAAGAAUAUGUUUGGAAAAGAAAUGACCCAAUAAAAAUUAUUCCUAUUAUUGUAAAAUUGUCAGAAUUAAAAGAUCCAAUCAAUAAUGCAAUAAUUGAAACUUUAAGAUCCUUGAAUUAUAAAUUAAAUGCUUAAUAAAUUGAAUAACUUUAAACUCAUAUAAGAUCUAACAAAAUGCAAAUGUUAUUUAUUUUUUAAGGCUAUGAUAAAUUAAGUUAAAAUUUAAAAACUACAAAUUUUCUUAAAUCAAACAAUUUAAUUUAAUGGAAUACACCCUGUUUACAGAAUACUCCUAAAUAUAUUAUUGUAACAAGAAGUGAAUAAUUUAAAAAUCAUAAUCAUUUACGUUGGAUUGAUUAAAAUCAAACAAAUUAUAUGAUUAAGAAUUAUUGGAAUUUGAAAAUUCUUCCUUUUGAUUCUGAUUAAAUCAAUCAAUUUUUGAUUCAGUUUUAAGAAAUGAGUAUUAGAAAUGUAGUUAUGGAUUUUUAUUAACUUAUGUGUGAAUUUCCUCAUCAAGAUUUGCUAAUUUAAAAUUUUAUAUCAUUUUGGAAAAAAAUUAAUUUUAAUUUUAACGAACAGAGUUUAGGAAAUAUAUUACUAUCAUAACCAAUUAUCAAUAAAUUAAUAAUUACAUUAUAACAGGACCAAAAUAUUAAAAAUUAUAAAGGUACAAUUACUCAAUAAUUGUCUCAUCAAUUAGAAUAAUUAAAAUCAAGCUAUUAUUAUAAUCGUAUGUUAGAAAGUCUAAAAUAUGAACAACCUAUAGAUAAUCCAUAAAUUUUAAAGGUUUUUAUCUAUGCAUUACCAAAAUUAAUUUUGAAAUUGACUGAUAACCAAAAAAUAAAAAAUUAAUUUUUCAAUAAUUUUUUAUGUCAAAACUAUUAAAUUAAUUGUGAAGUCACUGAGCAAAUUGCCCAAUUAGAAAAAUAUUGGAAUUAAUUAAUUAAUAGUUAAUUUUUUAAAUUAUAUAACUUAGAGUUUUCAGUUACAAAAGCAAAAAUAAUCAUAAAUUAGUAAUUUUAAAAGGAUCCAUUUUUGAUUAAUAAAAUUACUUCAGCAUUUGAAAAAAUUUAAAUAACUCACUAUGAUUUAUAUGAAGAAUAUAUAAAUUAUUGUUUUGAUAAUUCGGUUAUUAAUUCUGAAUAAACAGAAAAAGAGAUUGCUAUCACAGAAUUUAGAGAAGAAUAAUGGAACUUUUGUUUAAAUUUAGCUUAAUUAUUAUCAUUUAAUGAACUAUUUUCAAUAAAAGUGAGUAAUUCAGGAAGUUCUGUUAGUGAUUUGUUAAUAAUUCUGAAUGAUGACAGUUAUUCAAUAAAAGAAACACUUAUAUCAAAAAAAUAUUUAAGAUACUCAAUUCCAUUAAUUGAAUAAUUCUCAGUUUACUCUUUUGAAAGUAAAGUAAUUUAAGAAUUCUUAGUUGCUAAAGCUAUAAUAAAAUUAAUUGAAUUAUUUGAUAAUGUUCCAAAUAAUGAGUUAUUUGAUAAUAGUAUUCUUAAAAUGAAAAACUUAUCUAAUUCAUUUUAUUAUGGAACAAUAAAUUUUAUUGUAUAAAAAUUAAAAUCAAAUUUCUUUUUGAAGUAAAAUUUAAUAAAGAUUAUUUAAUUGUCAUCCAAUCAUAGAGAUUAUUGUUAAUUGUCAUCUAAUGCCUUUUUUUUAUUACUUUAAUUGGAUGGAUUUAUUAAAGGGGCAAAUUUUUCUAACAUUAAACUUAAAGAUAUUUAAAUUGAGGAUUGUUAUUUAUAAGAUUGUAAUUUAUCUGGAUCAGAAUGGAAUAAUAUAAGUAUAAAAAAUCUUGGACUUUUAAAAAAUAACAUGAAGAAUAUGGUUUGUUCUAAUCUAAGUUUAACUUCAUAUAUCUUGAAAAAUGAUUUAAAAUCUCCUCUUUUUGUUCGUUAUUUUAAAUCAGGCAAAACUUUUAUUAUUUACAAAAUUUCAAUAAAAGAUUUAGAGGGUAAUUUAUUAAUUAAUGGCAAUUUUGAAAAAUGUUAAAUUUUUUAAAUAUUAGAUGAUUUUUAUAUAAUAACAUAAGAUAAAUUUUAUCUUUUAAGAGAAUACAAUUAUGAGAUUCAACCAAAUUAAUUUUAGAUUGAACAUAUCAUAUCAGUUACAUAAUUCGAUUAAUAUAUUAUGCUUUUAUAAUUAAUUACACCAACUGAGGCUAAAAUAUUGUAAUUUGACUCCGAAAAGAAGGAAAUCUAAUUUUAAAUUUAAAUAUCAAACUAAGAUAUUAUGAAAUACAAUAUAAAAUAGUUUUAUCAAAUGUAGGGUAAUCUUAUAGUAUUUUUAACACAAACAGAAAUAGUUUCUAGUAUGCAUUAUUAAAUUGAAGAUGGAUAAUUAUCUUUUGAUAAUUUAAAUGUUCAUGGCACUCUUAAUAAUAAAGAUUCUAUAAUUUCAAUGAAAUAUUACGCAGACUUAGAUAUCACUGUUGUAACAAAGUAAACAACUGAUUCAAAUUUAGAGUAUGAUAUAAUUUAUGGUACUUUUAACUAAUUGAUAGGAAAAUUUAUUAUAAUUGAGAAUCAAAAAAAUUAGUUCUUAUAUUUAAAUAAUUCAAAUUUAUAAUUGAUAAGUUAGGAAACAUUUAAGAUUAUAAGUGAAUGUGACUUAAACGAAAAUGCUCAAAACUUAAAAUAAAAUUAAUGUUAUUUAAUUUAAAAUGAUACAAUGUUGCUAACUUUUACAUAUUCUUUUAUUCUUCUGGGUCUGCAACCUUUUGAAGUUAUUAAAUAAAUUAGGAUUAAAACUACAGAUCUCAUAAUAAAUUAUAAAUUAAAUAAUUUAUUAAUGUUAACUGAAUAAGAACUCUUUUGUAUUGAUCUAUCUUAUUUAAAGGAUAGAUAAGAUAAAAUAAUUAACUAAGUAUUUUAAUUUGAUAUGAUUUAUUUUAUACAAAAUUCUUUUAAUUUCUUAGGAAAACUAGCCAAUUCUUAAGAUAUUUAUAUGGGAGUGUAUAAUAAAAACAUUUUUGAUUUUAAAAUUAUAGAUUAGUCUAAUAAUUCUAAAUUUUAUUUAAGUGAUGAUUAAAAUUUUGCAAUAAUUAACAAAAAUUAUGAAACUAUUUGUCAUGAUCUUAAAACAAAUAUAAAAAUGAGUUAUGUUGCUUUAUUAUAUGAUAGAAUAUUAUGGAUUAAAGACAACCUAAAUUUCUUUUAUUUAUAACAUGAUUUUAUAGAAGAGUUUAGGAAUUCUGUGAUAACAGUAAAAAACAAGAUUAUAAAUAAAUAGUCUUACAGAUCAAUUAAAUAAGUUAAGAGUACAGAAAAUAGAUUAUUUAUAACUACAACAACAAAUGAAACUAUCGUGCUUAAUUAAUAAUUCUAAUAGGAAUAUGUUACAAAUAAAUAAAUGAUAAAAAAAUAUAGAGAAUUUUAUAUUACUUUGCAUGAUCUAAGAUAUGAAAGUAAUAAAAGGAAUACAAUAACAAUUCUUUAUAAUUCAAAAAAUUAACUUAAAGAUUUUUGGAUUUUUUCAGAUACCAUAGUAAUUAAGGAAUAGGAAGAAGGCAAUGAAAUGACUACUUUAGUAUUAUUGAAAAAAUAAGAUAAUUCUGUAAUAGGUUAAUUUUUAAUUCAAAUAGAUCAUAUUGAAUUUACUGAGGAUGUUAUUUAGAUUAUAAGCAAUAAAGUUUUAUGGUUAACUUAUUCAGCAAAAAACUUUCAUUAACUUUAAUCUAAUAUUUUGCAGAUUAAUCCAAUUUUAAUAUCAUCAAAUAAUUUAGAUUAAAUUGCAAUUGUCUCUACUUUAUAAGAAAUUAAUAUUUGGAAUACAUUAACUUAUUAAAUUCUAUUGUAAUUAAAAAAUAUAGAAAUAAUUCAGUAUUUCAAAAUGAUAUCCAACAGAGAUUGUUAAUUUUAUGUUGCUGAUAAAGAUGUUUUAAAAUUUUAUAAUCAUCAUUAGGUUCAAUUUACAAUUUAACUUAUAAAGAAAAGAAUCUCUAUUGUAACUAAUACAUGGGAAGCCAUUCAUCAUAUAUAUCAAAUAGAAGAUGAUAAAAUCACAUUAAAUAGUAUGAAUGCAGACUGCAAAAUAUUAAAUUGGAAAAAAGUAAUUUUUGAAUUAGAUUCAAUUAGAGAGUAAAUAAAUUGUAUUGAUAAUAAAUAACUGAGACUUAUAUACUUUAGUGGAUAAAAGUUAUAACAAAGUAAUUUAGAUUCUUUUGAUACAAUUAAGAGUCUAUCAUUUACAGAAUCUUUUAAAGCUAUUUAAGUAAAAUAUAAUUUUGAUUGUUCUUUAAUAAUUUUAUCAUCAAAUGAAAAGAUUAUUAUAGUAGAAGCUUCUGGUUUAACAAUUGUGAAUUAAAUUACUUUAAAUGAAGUUUUUGAAGCAUCUUUUGAUUAUAAAUCAUAAAUUGAAAUUUUAGUACAAGGAAAGAAUAAUGUAAUUAUAAAAUAAAAAAAAGAAAUGCAAAAUUUAAUUUACAAUUAUUCUUUGUGUUCUAAAAAGUUAGAUUUAAUUACUGAAAGCAAAUAUAAUUUGUUUAUUGGAUCAAAUUCUUAGGGUCUGAUUAUGAUAAAUGAAAAAACUGGAUCAAUAGAAUUAUACAAUCCAAUUAUGAUAGAAAGUAAAAAUAAUAUUAUUUCUUACACAAAAACUGAAGAACAUAAUAUUACCUUGUUGGCAAAAUGUUAAGUUUUCGGUAAUUAAUUAGAAGCCUGUAAUAUAAUUCUGAAUAAUCAACUAAAUAUUAGUGAUAUUUGGAGAAACAUAAUUUGA